GUCUACCAUUUGCAUUUGGCAGGUUAUUUUAACCUUUCAUCCAUAACCUGAGGCCUUGGAGAUAAACAUAACAGCAUACAGUGCAUACCUCCGAAUUAUUCGAAUAAUCGAAUUUACUGUAAUUAGGAAUAAUUAGAUACAUAAUGGACGUAUUUCUGAUGAUCAGGAGAAAGAAAAUGACAAUAUUCACUGAUGCCAAGGAUAAUACAUCUGUGAUUGAACUUAAAAAAAUUAUUGAAGGUAUAUUGAAGAUACCACCUGUUAAUCAGCAACUAUAUAACAAGGACAAUGUUUUGAUGUCUGAUAUGAAAUUUCUCUCGGAUUAUGGUCUUACGUCGGCUACGGCUAAAGCACAAUCCCCUGCAUUGAUAGGACUUGCUGUGCGCCAAGAGAAUGGACAGUUUGAACCACUUGAAAUGACUCCGUUCUCAUUACCUCCUGAUUUGCCUGAUGUGAUGAAAUCUCAAGAAGCUAAUGGACAAGAGCAAUCUCCUUGAAUCACAAUGAAUUACUGCGAAUUAAUCGACGAUUAAGUAUCGAGUUCAAUUCUUUAAUAAUCGUCAUAACUCCAACAGGCAUUGGAGAGUCCAUGAAUGAGCAAUGUGAAUAUUAAAUAUAUAUACAUGUAUAUAUAUACACGAGUUUGAUACUGAUAUUAGAAUCACAUUUCUUCUAAUAUCGGUGAACCCCUUGUAGUCAAAACAUUAGAUAGUCCCAAUGGAUCAUAUCAUCGAUCCAACAAAAGAUCAAGUAUUUUGUAGACUUAAUUGCCUGAACGAAGCCAAUACAACCACAAGGAACCACAUCCACGAAUGUCUUUCAAAAUUACUAAAUUGUAUCCAAAACAAGAAAAAAUUCAUUCAAAUAUAUCCAUUUAUUUCAUUACAAUUAUUAAAUCAGGAAGAAUCCUUAAAGUAAUUUAUACUAUUUUGAAAUCUAACUGAAUUAUUCCUUUGCAAAACGAGUCUUGUUUGUAGUGAAAGAUUUUUCUGUUUCUCCUUAAACACUAAUCUAUUCUAUUGCUUGUCUCAUUGCGAGUUAACACUAAUUAACUUUAUCCAAUAUCCAAAGAGGUUCUGUUAAUAUGGUUUUGCAAGUGCCCCCCUUCCCUCCCCCAUAGGAAACAAAAAUGUGAGGCUUUUGAGACUGGUCUAGUAAUAUUAAUAUCGUAGAUAAGGAGAAAUGCUUACACAUGAGCAGGGCAGUUAAUUUUACCAACAUCACGCAACUUUGCACGUGUACCUUGUUACCAUUCAAAUGACACAAAUUUAUUAACUCAACUCGAUUGAACCUAUCAAGCAUAAACAUUGUUCAUUAGGCACAAGAUAUUUCUUUGCACCUAUAACAAUUUUUUAAAAUAAUUACUGCUCCUAAAUGUAGGAGAGAUACUAAAGGGUUUAUCAACUUGUAUGAAAUUAUUACAAAACGUAAUAGUUUAAUUCAACUUGUAUUAUCAUGAGAAUAUAUGCUGUCGUUUGUAUUAAAACUUAAGAGCCUGAUAUACGAUUAUUUCAGAAAAAUUAAAACAUUUUCACCAGGAUAUUGAUUGAUGUAACUUCUUCAAAACCUGAAUUGACUCGAUUUUGUCAACAGCAUAACAAACUCUCCUCUGCCUGAAAGUACUGUUGUUUGUUUACUUGUUAUGAUAAAUUAAUAUUAUCCUUUGAUUUUUUUAAUCACUUAUCCUAAGCUGGUCUUGUAGUUAGGUACAAUUUCGUGAUACACAACAGAGAAAUUUUAAAGUA